ACUCACUUCCUGCUCCCUGUCCUGGAAGUCAGCAGUCAGAGCUGGUUUUCAUUCCUGGGUGAAGUUUACCAAGCAGGAGGCAGAGAUCACAACCCACCUGUGCUUGAGGCCGAUCCUGUCUGCCGAGUCUGCCUGACACUUCCUAAGUACAUUGUGAACAAUGUGAGUGAUGCAAGAGAGGUCAUUCACAGUCUCAUAGGCCGCGGACAUGAGGAUUCCAGGACUGACCAGGAAGCCAAUGGAUGGGGCGGCAGUGGCAAAGAUCCCAAUUACUACAGACCCGCAGGCUGCCUGACAAAUACUGAGCAUCCUCCCUUCAGCCUCAGGAGGCUGUGCUGCGGGCUCUGGGGACAGGACAUGGGGUUCUUCAUUCCCAUGAUCACUGAAGUUGCUGAGGAACACACAACGGGCUCACUACAGAGUGGUCAAGUGCGUCUGGAACUUUUCGGCAAACGACAGAUGCAGAAACACUGCCUCGUGCUCAGACUGUUCCAAUGUCGAUGUUUGGAUGAAGAGGAUUCUUUUCUCUUUGCCUUGGGAGAUGAAUUCAGGUGCUGUGGGCCAGGCAUCCUCGUUGGAAAUAAGGAUGUGGUAACUUGCCCUAGACGGGGAGAUGAGGACAGGAUGGCAGCCAUGCCGGUACUUGGCAUCUGCUUGCCUUGAGAUGUGCUGUGGAGCUGAAAAGUGAAGGAGAGCUCACUCCUAUCACCUCAAUACAGUCUCACAAUCAGCAUAAGCAGGCAGACCCAAACCCGGGCACUGCCAGAGGAAAGGACUGCCACACUUCACAAAACUCUAAGCAACUCUGUGGAGCCUUGUUUCCUGACAAGUUACUUCAGUCCACCUGCCAGAUCAUACCCAAGGUUGUGGGUGAGUAUGACAGCUAGUUUUGUAUUAAUGGGGAAAAAGAAAGAGGUUGCUUAUUCAGUGUGUCUAACACCAUUCCACACUGGAUUUACCCAACACAUUCCUGCAAAUUGCUCAGAAGUAAGUCUCAGGUUCAUGUUCUAUUCAAACGAAACCUUCAUCAUUUAUUACCAAUGAAUUUAUUACCUCAUAAAUGACUAUCUGUUUAUAUGGCUUAUAUAAUACAAUCAUUUGUUAUAAUUUAUACCAGUGUUUGACUUUCUCUUGGGUGGCGCACAGCUUUAAUCCCAGCACUCAGGGGCAGAGGCAGGUGGAUCUCUGUGAGUU